AUGGUGGACUCUGAACCUGCCAGCAUCAAUGAGGCUCUCAAGAAGAUGGUGUGGGUGAAUUCCAUGAAGGAAGAGUUUGAGGCCAUUGAAAGAAAGAAGACAUGGGAAUUGAUUGUUCUAUCUCAAAACAAGGAAACCAUCAGCAUGAGAUGGAUUUUCACUAUAAAGUUGAAGCCAAAUAGUUCAAUUGCUAAGUAUAAAGACAGAUUAGUAGCUAGAGGGUUCCUACAAAAGUAUGAUUUAUACUACUUUGAAGUGUUUGCAAUUGUAGCUAGAUAUGAAACCAUAAGGUUGGUUAUUGAUAUAGAUGCAAAUAGCAAUCGACCUCUGAUACAUUGA